AUAUUAUUUCUUCGCAAAACUUUGUAUAUAAACCAACACAUAGCUUCUCUGAACUCCAUCUCUCUCUCUCUCUUCUUCUUCCUCCUCUCAUAGUUCAAGCUAGGUGAUCAAUGGAAUUAGACGGAGUAGCAGAGAGUUUGAAGGACAAGUGCAUAUUUAUCACUGGUUCGACUGGUUUUCUAGCAAAGAUCUUUGUGGAGAAGGUGCUUAGGAUUCAGCCUGAUGUGAAGAAGGUCUUCCUCCUUGUGAGAGCCGCAGACACCAACUCCGCCAACCGACGCUUGCAAGAUGAGGUGAUAUCAAAGCAAUUGUUCGAUGUUCUAAGAGAAAAGCACAGAGAGGAGUUCAAUUCCUUUUUCACUGAGAAAGUAUCUCCUAUUGCAGGAGACAUAACUAUUGAGAACUUAGGUAUACGUGACACCGAUCUUAGAGAAACUUUAUGGAACAAAAUCGAUAUUGUCAUGAACGUAGCAGCGACUACCAAUUUUUACGAGAGGUAUGAUGUUGCAUUGAACAUAAAUGUGUUAGGAGCUAAGCAUGUGCUGGAGUUUGCCAAGAAAUGUCCCAAACUUGAAAUGCUUCUUCAUGUUUCAACUGCAUAUGUGGCUGGUGUGAGAGAAGGAAUUAUAUUAGAGAAGGCAUUUCACAUGGGAGAGACACUAAAAGGAGGAUUUGAUUUAGAUAUUGAAAAAGAGCUAAAGCUUGUAGAAGAUAAGAAAAGGGAGCUUUAUACGGAUAAUAAUGCAGAGAAAGAUGUUCAGAGGUCAGCCAUGAAAGAAUUGGGUCUACAAAGGGCUAAAACUUUUGGCUGGCCAAAUACCUAUGUUUUCACAAAAGCAAUGGGAGAGAUGUUGCUUGGGCAUUUAAGAGGAGACUUACCUCUAGUUAUUUUGCGUCCCACGAUCAUAACUAGUAUUUAUAAAGAACCAUUGCCAGGUUGGAUCGAAGGGACUAGAACUAUAGACAGCUUGAUUAUCGGUUAUGUGAAGGGAAAGCUCCCAUGCUUCUUUGGAGACCAAGAAUUGAUUAUGGAUGUUAUUCCUGGAGAUAUGGUGGUAAACUGUAUGCUUUUUGCAAUAACUUAUCAUUUGAACCAAAGAUCUCAAUUCAUCUACCAUAUUUGCUCAUCUACGAGCAAUCCUGUGAAGUAUACAACCUUAGAAAGAUGCGGGUUCAAAUAUUUCACUGAGAAUCCACGAAUUGGGAAGAACGGAGAACCAAUUAAGACACGAAGAAUUCCAGUAUUCAAGAAAAUGUAUCUUUUUCGCGCAUACAUGGCUCUUCGAUAUUGGCUGCCAUUGGAGGCAUUGCAUUUGGUUAAUGUGGUACUAUUUCAGUUAUUCUCUGAACAAUACAGUAUGCUUAGUCGCAAGUAUAAGUUUGUGAUGCGCUUGGUUGAUCUCUAUGAGCCCUAUGCAUACUUCAGGGGAUGUUUCGAUGACAUAAACACGGAGUACUUAAGGAUGGCGAUGGCGAAAGAGAAUAGCAAGGACUCCAAGAUUUUCGAUUUUGAUACCAAAAAUAUCAACUGGGAAGAUUAUCUCUAUGAUGUUCAUAUCCCUGGUGUCUUGAAAUAUGUAUGCAAGUGAAUCUUUAUGGUUUUUCAACCUGUCGAUGCUUCAUGGGUAAUUAAAACAUCGGUUAGUGGUAUAACAGUAACUAUAUGCUGAGAUAUCACAAACUGGAUUUCAGUAAAAAAUUAUGUGUUUGACAGGGAAAAUACCGUCAGUUAGCUCAAUGUUUGUACUUGAAAUCAUUGUUUAUCUGAAAGAAACAACUCUACUCUUUUCGUGCUCUGAAAAGUUCUUAUAUCUAUGAUUCAGAAGGACCAAUAAAGGAACAUAGACAAAUUAUGAGCUCGCAAAGUUUUAUGAGAAUUUUUUAUUAUUCAAGGGAAUUGAGUUGAUU